GUGUAUUUACCCGAAUGAGUUCUUCAGUGUCUAAUCACAUGUUAGAGGAUAAUAUACCCUCUGCGAAUGAUGAUGAAUUUUCGGGAUAUGAGGAGCCACUUGAAUCUGAAAGAUCGCCUGCGUGUAAAUCAAAAAAGCGAAAAAAACGCGAUAAUCCUAGUAUUGUAUGGGAUCAUUUCGAGGUUGAGACAACAAAAAAUGGCAAUUUUACUGUUUGCAAAAUCUGUAAAAAUAAUAACAUUACCGUCAAAUAUCCAAAGAUUUAUCAAACAAUCGAUGACGUGCCAACAAGAUGGAACUCCUCAUACUUGGCUUGGGUCCGGCUUAAAGAACUACGAAAAGCGAUCGAUCAAAGCCAAUCAAUCGAGGAAGAUGAUCCUGAAUCUGAUAUAGAAAAUGAAUUUGAUACACUAGUGAGUUCGGAACAACUUCAACAACCAUUACAAGCAGCACAAGGACGAAAAAACAAACGUAACCAUAGCAAAGUCAAAAAAAGUGCACAUAAUGAUUCACGAUUUAAAGGUCGUCAGUUAAUUGAGACACCUGUUACUAAUGAAGGUUUAUGUGAUCUGGUUAAGGCUACAUGUUUCCUUUCUCUUAAAGAAUAUUGGGAGGUUCCUAAAAAAAUUGGGCUUGUUGCAUCGUUUUUGGACCCGCGAAUUAAAAGUUUGAAAUUUCUUGGUGAUGAAACAAUAAAAGCGACGACAAUUGAUACAGUGCGAACACUUUGUACUGAGAAAAAUUACCAUCAACCUUCGGUUGGGCUUGAUAAGCCAUUUAACACUCCAGAUCGUGAACCUGCAACAGCUAAUAGCUUAAUUGCAGCUUUAUAUAGUAAUGAGGAAUUGAAUGAUGAAAUUUAUAAUGAGACCGAAGUUGAUCGUUAUCUUCGUGAACCUAUUGAGAAAAGGGGCUCAACAUCUGUCCCUUCAGAGCGAUUAUUCUCUGAUGCUGGACUACAUAUCACUGCAUUGCGUAACAAGCUUCAUCCUGAUAUGAAGGGUGAAAAUAUGGUUUACUUAAUUAAAGUAAUUGGCAGAGUUCUUGGACCACAAAUG